AUGUGGUUCUAUAAUCAAACUCGUGGAACUUGCGAUCAGUUUCUUUAUGGAGGUUGUGAAGGAAACCCCAAUCGAUUUGAAUCAUUUGAAACAUGUCAGACGACUUGUGAGAUAUCUGGAUUAGACCCCUGCAUGGAACCUUUGGAUCGAGGUAGCUGGUGCGAAGCCAUGUCUAAUAGGUAUUACUUCAACAAGAGGACAAAACAAUGUAGAGGCUUCCACUAUACGGGAUGUGGAAAAAGUGGAAAUAAUUUCCUGACCAAAGAAGAAUGUCAUGAGAAAUGCGAAAAGCGUUAUCCACGAAGUGUCGCCCUGCCUCAGCCAGCUGCAUUACCUCGAAGUAAAAAGAAAAAACCAUUUAUGCGUCUUUCUGCAGGCUGUAAGUUAUCUCUCAAGCAAAUACAUCUACCUCUAACAACAGAAAAUUUUAGAUAGUG